AUGCGCACGCAGCAACAACAACACUCCAAAUGUCGCCUCCUCGAGCUCCCGGUUGAGCUGCGCCUGCUCAUCUACGACUAUGCCCUCUUCUCCCACGAACACGUCACCAUCGCAACCGGGCUCAAGUGCAGCUUCGCCUCGCCCGUCGACAGCGGCUACGAGAGCGAUGACGGCCGCGACUCGGACGAAUUGAUCCCCGACCUGCCUCCAGACGUCGAGCCCGUCAUUCUGCCGCGCUUCGACCCGGACUUCCUCCAUCUUGAACAGCCGCCGAUCUUCGACAACUGCGCGAACAACGACCAUGCCGCGCCCGUCGUGCCGCUCACUACUCCGCUUGCCCUGCUUCAGACGAACCGUCAAGUCAGGGACGAGUUGACCUGGCAUCUCAAGAGCCAGCGCACCCACGACCGCAAGCUGUCCCUGUACAUGACUUAUCCCUACGGCCUGCUUGUUUUCCAGCAUCUGUGCCCAGACCUGAUUCGGCUGGUCCGAAGCAUCCACAUCAGCGGCUACUACUACCCCACGCACGCCCAGGAACAGGUGAAGCGUGCCGCCGAGUGCCGCUGGAUGCAGCGCCUGUACACGCAGCCGCCGCCCAUUGACGAACCCGUCAUCAAAGCUGCAAACGGCGUGCUCAAGCAAUUGACGCGCACCAUUAUGGGGCAGAGCCCCAAGGUGCCCAUGGAGGAGCUCGAGAUGCGCAUCUACCACCCCGGGCCAAAGGGCAACGAGCUCAUCUGGCGAGGCGAGAAUCCCAGCAGCCCCAUCUGUGUCGCACUAUGCAACACUCACGGUGGGGCGAUAGACAGCUCGGUGACGCAGGGCGGGAGAGGGGCGGGCGCAUGGCUGAAGAUCACGCCCAACCCAGAAGCGCGCACUCUGACGCAGAGGUGGAAGAGAUUCACCGACGGCAACAGCAAAGAAGAGUGCGAGGGCUGGGUGGUGAACCCAGAGUGGCCGCGAAUACCACCGCCGCCCAUAGCGAGCAGCCCGUCGAGUCCCGGCGACCAGUCAGACGCGGGAGACGAUGCGGCCUCGUAG